AUGUUUUGUCAUUUAUAUAAUGAAAACAAUAUGCAAGGAACAAUACUGGAUUCCAUUCUAAUAGCAUCUCAUUUUUAUUUCCUGACAGAGAUGGAAUCUGGAAACUACACUGCAGUGACAGAGUUCAUUUUAUUUGGAUUAACACGUGACCCAGUUCUUAGAGUCAUCCUCUUUAUCGUCAUCCUGUGCAUCUACCUAGUGACUGUGUCUGGGAACCUCAGCACCAUCCUUCUCAUCAGAGUCUCCUCCCAGCUCCAUCACCCCAUGUACUUCUUUCUCAGUCACUUGGCUUUUGCUGACAUAGGUUAUUCAUCUUCUGUCACACCCAAUAUGCUUGUCAACUUCCUGGUAGAAAGACACACAAUAUCCUACAUUGGUUGUGCCAUCCAGCUAGGUUCAGUUGUCUUCUUUGGAUCAAGCGAGUGCUUCAUUCUGGCUGCCAUGGCUUAUGAUCGCUUCAUGGCAAUCUGCAACCCACUGCUUUAUUCAACCAAAAUGUCCACACAAGUCUGUGUCCAAUUGCUCCUAAUUGCGUACAUAGGUGGUUUUCUUAACACAUGGUCUUUCACUAUAUGUUUCUAUUCAUUAGUCUUCUGUGGGCCCAAUGGCGUCAAUCACUUUUUCUGUGAUUUUGCUCCAUUAAUAGAACUGUCCUGUUCUGAUGUCAGUGUCUCUGCAACUGUUCCUUCAUUCACAGCUGGAUCCAUUAUUGUAGUGACAGUGAUUGUCAUAGCCAUCUCCUACAUCUACAUCCUUAUUACCAUUCUUAAGAUGCAUUCCAACGAGGGUCGACAGAAGGCUUUCUCUACCUGCACUUCCCACCUCACUGCAGUCACUCUGUUCUAUGGGACCAUUACAUUCAUUUAUGUGAUGCCCAAGUCCACCUUCUCCACAGACCAGAACAAGGUGGUGUCUGUGUUCUACAUGGUGGUGAUCCCCAUGUUGAACCCCCUCAUCUACAGUCUCAGAAAUAAUGAGAUUAAGGGUGCUCUGAAAAGACAGAUAGGCAGGAAAAUAUUUUCUUAG